AUGUCGUGGCCCCGAUCCCACCUUCUAGAAAUUGGUGAAAAAUCAUGGUGUCCAUCAUGGCUCCAGCGACAUGAACAACUCGCCCUCACGAAAUUCUGGAGUUUGAGGAUUCCCGGGUGGAGCCAUGGAAGUCCCGCGACACAGGCAUGUGCAGUAAUGAAAAAGUAUCUGAGGGACCUUUCCUCCUACACGAUUAGAGAUAUCUGUGCUGGAGCUGGAGGACCCUCUCCAGUCAUGGAACUGGAGCUAAACAAGCAACUCGAACGCGAGGGCAAGGAGCCUGUUCAGUUUAUCUUGAGUGAUCUCUACCCCCACCAGGAAGAGUGGGCGCGCAUCUCGAAGAAACAAGGAAAUAUAUCGUAUAUCGCGGAGCCGAUCGAUGCUCGUGCUGUUCCUGCGGCUGAAAUAGCCUCGAAGAAAGAAUGUCGGGUAUUGAAUCUUUGUUUCCACCACUUUAGUGAUGAGGAUGCAGGGAGUAUCCUGAAAAACGCGAUUGAGUCCGCGGACGCAUUAAUUAUAUUCGAAAUGUCUGCCCGCGAUAUUUGGACGUGUCUGUUCUCAUUUUUGAUGGUAUUUUGGACAUGCCUCGUCACCAUUGUCUGGUACUGGUACUCACCCCUUCAUCUGUUCUUCACAUUCAUUGUACCUGUGGCGCCCAUUGCCAUCGGAGUUGACGGAUUUAUUUCCUGUUUACGAACUCGUACCUUUGAAGAAACUCGAAAGCUAUUGGAUCAGCCUGGUCUUGACCUCUCCGGGUGGACAUUUCAUAGUGGGAAACGCACUGUUCAAUUCCCAUUUAUUAUUUUGUACUACUAUGUUGGCAUUAAAUCGGAUUGA